CCCGGAGAGGUGCCAAAGUGUUCCGCUGGACGACUUGAAAAUCGAUAAAAGUGUCACGUGAUGAGGUAUCUUACGCUUAGAAUGGUGGCAUGAAUGAUGCCUCGAGCGACUGCUUAUUAGGUGCUGGUUCGGUCCUACAAUUGCUGCAGCGCAUUUCCUCCAUCUAACGCUCUGCCAGCCCCGUGCAGCUGCAUGGGCGCCGCCCCAUCCGCCGGCGCACCACCGGGAUGGAAGGCUGCGUAACUGAGCGACAGGAAGCUACAACUGGGGGGACGGCGAGCCGGGAGGUCAGACUCGCAGGUAGCUUCACAGGGUGAGGGUACCUCGACGCAGCUCCGGCAGCGAACGGCAAACUGCGACUAAGCGUACAUCGGACAUCGAGCAGCCUCCCUGCAGUCAUGCUGUCUCUCCUGCUUCUGGCGACGUCCCUCGUCGCCUCCGCACAAAACGUCGACUACUGCAGCAUGUGCUCCGACCACACCAUGUGUUUGUACCCGAACGACGGACCCGGCGACACCUGCACCACGGUGCUGGAGCGAAACGUCAACGGCCAGGAGCAGACCGAAAUACUCGCCGCCCACAACGCCAUCCGGCGCCGGGUGAAGAACGGCGACUUCGCCAACAACAACCUGCCGGCCGCCGAGGUGAUGCCGGACCUGUCCUGGAACGACCAGCUGGCCGUGGUGGCCCAGCGCUGGGCCGACCAGUGCAACUUCAACCACGACGCUUGCCGCAAAAUAGAGGUAGAAGGCAAGACAGAAGGCGAAACAGCCGGCCAGAAUCUGGCGGCCGCCUGGCGAUCGCCAGGCUCGUCCAAGAACUGGACUGAAGACGCCAUCAAUCCCUGGUUCUAUGACGAGCUGGAUGCGUUCACCCAGAACGACCUGACCUUCAGGAAGGCUUCCUCCUACCCCGCCGGUCAUCUGACGCAGGUCAUCUGGGCUGACUCGACCGAGGUCGGCUGUGGCUUCAUCGCUUUCGAAGACACCCAAAAUAUACCGGACUAUGGUCCGUACACCUUCACCAGACGACACUACGUUUGCAACUACUUCCCAGCUGGGAACAUCAUCAAUCAACAGAUCUACCAGCCCGCCUAGAGAAGCACCAGUCUGUCACAGAGUGGUAUAGGAUUGCACUGCUCCUGAGCUGAGCCGCAUGCAAUCUGUCAAGUACCCAGCCAAGUCUGACUAAAGAUAAGAACAAACAUUUUGUGUGUAUUGCAUACGGGGUGAGCAUUCUGAUGGUUUGCAUUUUGCAAAGGUAUAAAAUUGAACACUGUGAGUUAACGGAAAUAUCAAUAAUUGAUCAUUUUCACUUAUGUAAAUGGGCAUAGCAGUAGGUAUUGUUAGGUCUGAAGACAGCGAUAAAGACCUAAUCGGCGUUGCCAAGGUGUUGGAUCUGAGCGUGUAUUUCGGGAUAUUACAAUUGUGUGCUAUAUAUGUAGUCUGGUUUGGCAGCUUUACUCUUUGUUUAUCGGUUAAAUAAAUGAUUAUAAUAUC